CGCGCGUCCACUUUUUCCACGGCCGCGUUGCACCGCUGCUGCUCCAAAUUGCACGCAGGCGCGUGCAACGCACCGCUGCAUCACCUCCGCACACGGCUACGCCAACACCAUGGCACCAAGACGGCGAUUGGCAUGGUGCAUCCUGGUUGCCACCGCGGCGACGGCGAUCCGCGCGCCGCGACGAUCCGCGACGGCCCUGGCCGUCCGCGGCGGCGCGACCGCGGCCACGGCGCGCGGCGCGCCCGCGCUGACGGUCCGCGGCGGCGCCACGAAGACCAAGACGAAGUCGAGCGCGUCGAAGGCGAAGAAAAUGGACCCGACCGGCACGCCCGUCGUCGCGAAGCUGUUAAGGCCGGCGACGGCGCUCCAGGCGAAGUACGAGGCCAUCGCGGCCGAGGACCCCAUGCGCGGUUUAUUAAUUCAGGUCGGCGGGACGAUGGUCACGAUGAAACUCAUAAGUAGGGUGCUGAAGAAGUCGGGCGACAAGCAGGCCGCGCUCGUGGGACGGAUGUUGUAUGUCGCGUACCUCGCGUUGCACCAAUUAAUCCUGAACUACGUCGAGUCGAGGAUAGAAAUUCUGGACGACGAGUCCGCACUCACCAUCCCGGGCAACCCCAUGCUCGCCCAGCUCGCGAAGCAGCAGAGCCAGGGCGGCGGCGAGGUCGCGCAGGCCCUCGUCGAGAAGCUCGCGUCGAAGGAGACGACGGUCAAGGCCUACGACCUCGACAUGGUCUUGAAGGGGAGGCGGUCCCAGGUCGGCUCGCUCUGCGUCACGGCCUACCUCCACCUGAAGAAGGGCAUGGUGCAGCCGCUCGUCGCGAACGUGAUCAUGGGCUUGGUGGCGCUGCUGCGGGACCCGCUCGUGCGCGUGCACGUGCUCGGCGAGGACGUCGAGCGGCCCUUCGCGCCGCCCCAGCCGGCGUGGCUCAAGGCCAUGCAGGCGCAGCAGGCCGAGGCCGCCGCGAAGGCGGCCGAGGAGGGCGCCGGCGACGGCGAGGAGGCGUCGGAGUCGGAGGAGGGCGACGACGACGAGGAGGAUGAAGCGGAGGAGGAGGAUAUCGACGAGGAGGACGACGACGACGACGAGGAGGAGGACUCGGACUAA